AUGUGCCGCUGCGGCUGUCGCGGCUGGUGCACCAUCUUCCCGCUGCUAGAUGCCUGGGUGCAAGAUCUGGAGAAGCUGCAAGCAUCGCUGAAGUAUUGUGUGCUUGACAUCCAGUGCGAUUGGCCGGCUUAUUUGGAAAUCAUAGGGGGCAGAUUCUGGAAUCACAACAGCCACCCGUGUGCCCUUUGCCGUAUUUCGCAAGAUGACAUGACUGCCGACAAUGUGCACAGCAUUACCCUGGACAAUGUGGGCCACUUGGUGUACUCGUCGGAAGACUACAACAACGACAUCGGCAUGUUCACCAGGGAAAUUCUUGUGGAUACGGCGGAGAUGCUGCGAACGAUUGCCAGAAAUCUUGAAUACAGCCGACUAGAUCGUGGACGACAUCUCACUGCAGACUUGCCCCGCUACGGCCUCCGCAAGAACUGGAGACUCGAGCCCAGCCGCCGGCUUCCAGAUGUCAGCCAGCUGGAAUACCAAGAGCUUCCUCUGAGGGUGAUUUUUUGGAUUGCGCCGAGAGAUGCAAGGCUGACCCACAUGUGCCCUCUGUUUUCGCUCGAGGGGGUUACACAGGAUAGUUGGUCAAUUGAUAUUAUGCACGCCUGGCACCUCGGACCCAUGCAGCAGUUCAUAAGCCUGGCUAUGCAUAGUUUCAUUGCUUCGGGUGUGUUUUCACCCCGCAGUGUGAAUAUAGAAGCUUCAGAACUUCGAGAACUGGCCCUUUUGGCCAUCAAAGCCGAGCUCUUUCAAUUCUACAAGAACCUGAGAUCUACCGACCAAAGGUGGCGAGAGAAGGGAUCCGAGGUCUGGAACUUGACUAUGGGCAUGAUUGGAAAUGAGGAUACCUACAACUUGUCGGCAAAAGCAGCUGAGUCGCACGGUCUUCUUAGAUUCGUCCUCUGGCUGCUGCACACGUACGCCGAUGAAUUCGCCAAGCAGCCGGAUGAACUGGCUCGCAAGUUCGCACUCUUGACGGCUUGUGCAGAAGCUGCCCAUGCCAUGGACGAGCUGCUGGAGUUGGAAUUCCGACAGUUCACUCGACAACAUUGCCAGGCCCUGCUGCAGCUGUACCUACGCUUUUUAACUCUUUACUUGAAAGCAGGCGGUGUAUGGAGGCCGAAAUGUCAUCUUCUUGUGCACAUGAUUCAGCGGGCUCUUCACCGAGGGAAUCCGCGAUUGUACUCCACCUAUCGUGACGAAAGCUUGAAUGGAGUCAUAGCCAAGAUUGCUCGUUCUGCUCAUCGCAGCACUUGGUCGAAUGUGAUUCACUGGAAAUGCAACUUUCUUCAGCAAAAGAAGCUGGAGGAUCAUGCUGCAGAGGGCUAG